GAUAAGUUUGGGUCAACAACUUUUAUUUUCUAAACUUUAACAUAGAGGAAGUUGUGAGAACGUAAUUACGAAAAAGAAAAUUUGGACUCAAUUUUAUGCAAUUUAUUUUUCACUCAAAAGUUAUAGUCAUAGUAAUAGUACGGUGACUUUUGAAGUAAAAGUAAUAUUUAAAGGGUUAAAGGGUUAGGAUAUAAAAAAAAAACUUGAAAAUGUGUGAAAAACAAUUAAAGCUCCAAAUUGUUUUAAUAGUUUUGUCUUUAUUAUUCAAAGGAUAUUACAGUGUAGAUGACAGUGUUUUGUUUACUGUAACCCGAGCACCGAGAUACUUCGGCAUCUUACAAGAUCACCGCGGACAGCCUCUUUCCGUUGAAAUAUCAGAAGAAUAUAUGGAUCAGGAUUACAUCGCUACAAACAGGAAACGACACAAAAUUGAUUGGAAUAAAAAUCCUCUCGAUAUAGAUGAUUUUGAUGACGACGAGACAGAUGAAAUAGCAGACGAGAAAGACAAAGACGUUAAAUUGCCAAACAAAUUUAACUUACAAGCGGGACCGGUGUAGUUUUUAAAUUAUUUUUUAGUAUGAACUCAUAUAGCUUUAAGAUUAAAUAGUGUAAGGAGCAACAAUUCAAAACUUUAUUAAUUUG